AGCGAUCUCUACAUUGGGAAAAAACAUGGAGUCAGCUCCAGCAGCCCCCGACCCCGCCGCCAGCGAGCCGGGCAGCAGCGGCGCGGACGCGGCAGCCGGCUCCAGGGAGACCCCGCUGAACCAGGAAUCCGCCCGCAAGAGCGAGCCGCCCGCCCCGGUGCGCAGACAGAGCUAUUCCAGCACCAGCAGAGGUAUCUCAGUAACGAAGAAGACACAUACAUCUCAAAUUGAAAUUAUUCCAUGCAAGAUCUGUGGAGACAAAUCAUCAGGAAUCCAUUAUGGUGUCAUUACAUGUGAAGGCUGCAAGGGCUUUUUCAGGAGAAGUCAGCAAAGCAAUGCCACCUACUCCUGUCCUCGUCAGAAGAACUGUUUGAUUGAUCGAACCAGUAGAAAUCGCUGCCAACACUGUCGAUUACAGAAAUGCCUCGCUGUGGGGAUGUCUCGAGACGCUGUAAAAUUUGGCCGAAUGUCGAAAAAGCAGAGAGACAGCUUGUACGCGGAAGUGCAGAAACACCGGAUGCAGCAGCAGCAGCGAGACCACCAGCAGCAGCCUGGAGAGGCUGAGCCGCUGACUCCAACCUACAACAUCUCGGCCAACGGGCUGACGGAACUGCACGAUGACCUCAGCAACUACAUCGACGGGCACACCCCCGAGGGGAGCAAGGCAGACUCUGCCGUCAGCAGCUUCUACCUGGACAUACAGCCUUCCCCGGACCAGUCAGGUCUCGAUAUCAAUGGAAUCAAACCAGAACCAAUAUGUGACUACACACCAGCAUCGGGCUUCUUUCCCUACUGUUCUUUCACCAAUGGAGAGACGUCCCCAACUGUGUCCAUGGCAGAACUAGAACACCUCGCACAGAAUAUUUCUAAAUCACACCUGGAAACUUGCCAGUACUUGAGAGAAGAGCUCCAACAGAUAACGUGGCAGACUUUUCUGCAGGAGGAGAUUGAGAACUAUCAGAACAAGCAGCGGGAGGUGAUGUGGCAGUUGUGCGCCAUCAAAAUCACGGAAGCUAUACAGUAUGUGGUGGAGUUCGCCAAACGCAUUGAUGGAUUUAUGGAACUGUGUCAAAACGAUCAAAUUGUGCUUCUCAAAGCAGGUUCUCUAGAGGUGGUGUUUAUCAGGAUGUGCCGUGCCUUUGACUCUCAGAAUAACACCGUGUACUUUGAUGGGAAAUACGCUAGCCCCGAUGUCUUCAAAUCCCUAGGUUGUGAAGACUUUAUUAGCUUUGUAUUUGAAUUUGGAAAGAGUUUAUGUUCUAUGCACCUGACUGAAGAUGAAAUUGCAUUAUUUUCUGCAUUUGUACUGAUGUCAGCAGAUCGCUCAUGGCUGCAGGAAAAGGUAAAAAUUGAAAAGCUGCAACAGAAGAUUCAGCUAGCUCUUCAACACGUCCUACAGAAGAAUCACCGAGAAGAUGGAAUACUAACAAAGUUAAUAUGCAAGGUGUCUACAUUAAGAGCCUUAUGCGGACGACAUACAGAAAAGCUAAUGGCAUUUAAAGCAAUAUACCCAGACAUUGUGCGACUUCAUUUUCCUCCACUAUACAAGGAGUUGUUCACUUCGGAAUUUGAGCCAGCAAUGCAAAUUGAUGGGUAAACGUAUCACCUAAGCACUUCUAGAAUGUCUGAAGUACAAACCUGAAAAGCAAACAAAAAAUAUUAACCAAGACACUUUCUAUGGCCCUGCACAGACCUGGAGCGCCAACACACUGCACACCUUCUGGUGAUCGGGGUCAGGCAAAGGAGGGGAAACAAUGAAAACAAAUAAAAGUUGAACUUGUUUUUCUCAUGCAUAUGAUUUCCAUUCUGCCUACAGACAUGGACCCUUUUCUGUCUCGACUUCUUGAUCGUUGACCUCUGUUUACAACAGAAGGAGGGCACUAAAGUUGGAGGGUUUCCUUUUCUUGUAGCUCACUGUCCACAGACUUUCUACAGAGUCACCAACCUGUUAGUACUAAGAGAGUCCAGCAAUAAUCGGUGACUGGUGUGCAUAGCGGAGGUUGCAGCAUUACUUUGCACAACUUUGCUCUUUGUUUCAUGAAGGAAGUUUUUAUUUUUUUCACCGAUUAUUGCCAGUCAGCAGGACGGCACGAAAAGGGUCCAUAGCACUAGCUACAAUAGCAUUAUAAUAUAUUACAGGGUAAAUGGGCAUGAAGACUAUAUAUAGCUAAAAGAGAUAUUGUUUAUAUAUUGUUUUAAUUAAUAUAAAAUGUAGUUACUGGUGUAGCUUUUCCUGUUGAAUUGAUAAGGCACUUUCAUUUUGCACCUUUUUCUUUAAAUUAAAUGCUAGCGUGUUCACUGUCGUGUCGCAUGUGCACCAGAAACACAAGUUUAACUGAAAAGGCUUGGAAGGUACGUCGGGAGGUAUUUAUGCUGCUGUUUACAAAAUUACUUUUAAAAGACUGGCUGGUCAUAUCUAGAAAUCACAAUGUUGGAUUCUUUUUUUUUCCAUGUGAAUUUGGAAUUAGAAAUGAAACUCUCCCUAAAUUACACUUUGCAUUUGGGUAAGUUUAAGAACAGAUGUGUUUAUGCUUCAUACAAAGUUGAAUGACAGAUCGGUGCUGUGGACUUAGACUGUCAUGCACAUUAGUUUUUAAAAGCUUUUGGCAAUGCCACCUCAAGGAGGCAGGAGAGGGGAGGCUCGUUUGUGCAAUUCGGUAGUUAUCUAAACUCAGUCCCACGUUGGAAUUCACAGGCUUUGAGAACAAAUCAGAAAGCAGACUAUUGUAUUGGAAUCUAGCUUUUAUAAUAAGAAGGAUCCAAAGAUUCUAGGUGGAGCAAAUGUAUACUCCCCGUGUGAGGACAUGGGGCAUUCACGUUGUGAAUGUUUAUGUUCUUGGUAUAAUCUAGGAACCCGAAGAGUUUAUCUCAGAGUGAACUAUUUCUAGAUUAGCUGCUUCUAGAUGCUAUCAUUCUAGAUUGUUGCUCUCUAUAUUUCAUAGACAAUGAAUGGGAGGGUGGAGGAGGAACACAAUGUUGAACCAGUUUCUGUUAUUUAAAUAUUAAGUAUUUUAAGCCUUUUAAGUGAUUAGUCAGUGCUUGCUGCAAACAUUUACUUUUGUAUUUAUUGUCACUAGAAGACUGUGGACUGUAAUUUAUUUUAUUAAAUAUUUAGAAGAUUAUUUGGCUUUGGUGUUCAGGUGAGAAAUAGUGAGGGCGUUUGUUUUUUUUUUUUUAUUUUGUGGGUUUUUAAACAUAAUUCCCAAUGGGGGAAGGAAGAAAGAGCUGUCUGAUGUACAAGCGUGCAUAUCUUAAAAAUAAGUGACCUUUGGGAAUGUAGGCAUUUAGAGGAUGAUUUCAGUCCCCCUCGGGGCAGGAGUCAAACUUCCUGUCUGACGUCAACAGCCUCGCUUGUUCAGGAAAGGGAACACCCUCCCACAGCAAAAAGGUGGGCGUGUCCAGGCAGCCCUUCACAGUGGAGACAGUGUCUCCUUUACCACCAGGGCCCUCCUGAGUCUUCUGUGGGGACUGCGGCUCCUGAUGUGCGGAGUCACAGCACAGGCUUCCCAGAAGCCUUCACUCUGUUUUAAACUCCACUGACUUGGAAAGGAAGAAGCAGUCAUUCACACAGAAGUGUGUAUGAAGCCUAAAUAACAUCUAAGCAUUUUUUCAAAAAUAUAUUAAGGGUUUAACCAUAAAUAGAAGACAAGAGUAUUAUUUACUUAAAUUUCUUACAAGCAUAUAAAACUUUAUAAGUGUUUAUAUAGAGAGGUUAACUAUAAGCAUAUAGUAUUUAUAUUUGGGCAGGAAGGGUUAAAUCAAAUUUUUAAUUUAAAUAAGCAUAGUUCCUUUAAAAAUCAAUAGUAUUUAUACUCUGAAAAAAGUAUCAAGUGUAAUUAUUUAUUUGUCCAUGUUUUUCCUAUUGUUUCUCCUUUGGGGGGAAUGGUGUAUUUUUACUUUGGUUUGGUUUUGUUUUCUGUUUUUUAUCGUUCUGAUUCACUAAAUUUUAAUAAAGUGUAUUAACUUCUUUUUAACCAAAGCUUUCUGAAUAUGACCAGCCUCAGGUGCUAGUGCGUUAAAGAGCAACUAAACCUAAUUCCAGUGUCCAUUUAUGAAAUGAUACAAGUUCAUUGAAUUUCUCUAAGGGUGAGAGAGCACUUAAUGUUGAACUUAAAAGAAAUUCCCUUUCCCAGAAAGGAUUUUGCAUGUACCUAAUAAAAAAAAAAAAAAAAAAAGUGACAUAAUCACAGUACUAGCUACUCCAUGGUGACACUUCUUUCCGAGCACACCGGGACACAUCAGCAUGCUGCUGCUACAAGGUCUUCCUGAACGAAAAGCAGCGUGGGGACUUCAAGAGCAAAGCCCCUGGACAGGGUAGGGACAGAGUAGUGGAGGCAUGCUCCGUGAGAUGAGAGAACAACUACUGUUAUUUGGAGCAAAGUUGGGAUAUGAAGUUAAACAGUAAAUUCAGCUGAAAAAAAUGAGGUGUAGAAAAUGGUAUGAAAAACUGCAUUUUUUUCUUCCUUGUUAUAGAAACAUCUGUGGGAUGGUACAAAAUAUUUGAUGAUACAGAACAAUUAUUUUGAAUAGUUCUUAUAAAGUUUCCUGAAUUUGAAUGCCCAAUAGUCUUUUAAAUGCUGGAACUGCACUGUCAUCCUGGCCAACGUAAGGCCUCAUAUGCACAAUGGUUGACGGCAAGGAAACGAGGCUUUUGCACAAAGCCUGAACUUCGAUUCUAGUGGUGUCCAAAUGGUUGUAGUGUGUCGUGAAGAAACUGGCCUUGGUCACAGUGCAAUCAAAAGUGCAGGUGAAAGUGCUUUUUUGGACAAUUUGAAAAUUGUGUUAAAGCCGUGGAUUUUUUUUAAGCAUUCGGCAUCCUAGUUUACGUUAAAGCCAUGGAUUUUUUUGAAAGUCUUCAGCAUCCUAAUUCACCCUUCCUAACUUAAAGAAAACAUGACUUAAGACACUGCUUCUAAGUUUGGUUGUUCUUUAUAGUGUGGAUACCCAGAUGUCUGUGAGCGUAUAGGGGUGGGCUGAGGGUCAAGUGAGGAGGGAAUGUAUGUGUGUGUGUGAUUUUUGUGUAUGAUGUGCGUGUGUUGGACUGCUUCUAGGCUACUAAGUGUCAAUGUAAAAGAAAAUGUAUUCAAAAUACUUAAAUCAAAACUAGAAGAUGGGGAAAAAAAGAUUUAUUCUAUACAAAGCCUUGUCUGGACCACUUUAGAGAGACUUCUAUUUUUUUAACCCUUCUAUAAAUAUUUGAUGGCACUUGAAAUAUUCCUGCAAUAACAUGUGAUUUGUGUAAAGAAAAAAAAAGAUUUUGUAAUGUGAAACAAAGAAAGAAAGUAAUGUAAUUUUCUAAAAAAAAAAUACAAACAAACAAACUUUGUAUUAUUUUCUUGAUGGAAUUUGUCUAUCUGUCUUUGGGAAACUUUUUAUUUCAUUGAAUGUGCCAUAGUAGAAAUAUGUGUUUUUAGUUUUAGACUAAGGAAUAGCUGUUUGUGUUCCGACAUUCCAGAAUGCAAAACAACCUAGUAGCAUCUUUAACGAAAGGGUUUAAGUAGGACGUAAGCUUCUCUCAUCGUUGCUUUUUUGCACAUGUUCUUCAUUCCUCUCUAGUGCAAUAUGUACACAGAGCACUCGCGGGUGUACCUGGAUCCCUCAGGGAAAAAUACAUAUUUGUACAGUUGUUGUUGAUGUUGUUUUUUCCUUUUGUUUUUGGCUAAGGAAUGUCGACUGAAUCACUUGUUAUCGUUGAGGGGCAGCCAGAUAAUCAUCCUAAAGCCACUGUUUCAAACAUUGAUUGUUUAAAUCAUGUGUCCUUCCAGUGCUAUUAUUUUCAAGAUACUAAUAAUAAAAAGUUAUUUUCUGACAGUUCUUUGUGCUGAUUGGUGAAAAAAAAAAGGGUAACUAAGCACCUUAUGAUUGACUUACUGUGAAUGACAAUCCAUCUUGGUAUCAGCGAUAGAAGCCCUAUCAUUUCGGAGUUGGGGUUAAGAGUCAGAAACAAUGUGCUCAGGGAUCUCCUAAAACUCUUCAAACAGGGUGGCCAGUACUACUGGGACAAAUUGUGUUUUUUAUUAUUAAUCAUGAUGAUAAUACUAUCCCUCCAAGGCACAAGUGAACUGUAUAGAACUAACUGCAUGUGUGUAUAAACUUCACUAUCAUCUCAUUUUGUUGAGUUUGGAACUUAGGUGUUCUUCAGUUUUUUGUGUGCUUAAAAAUAUCCAGUGACUUCCGGAGCUAUGCCAGUAGAAAGUUAUGCCAGUAUGUUCAAAAGAUAAAUGAAUAGGUCAUGUACCAACAGAGAGCAUCGUUCAAAGUACAGCCCUGCAGAUACCAUUCAUCAUUUCUCAAAUAAUUAAAAUAUCAUUAUAUAUUUAUAGCAUUAUAUAUUAAAAACUACUUCCAACUCUACAUAAUAUGGACAAAAAAAAUUAAACCAAAGGAGAUGAGGGGACCUGGCUGUUGAUGGAGUGAGACAGGUAAAAGAUACGUGUAUUUUUUUAAAGAUUUUAUUUAUUCAUUUUUAAAGAGAAGGGAAAGAAGGAGAAAGAGAGGGAGAGAAAUAUCAGUGUGUGGUUGUCUCUCUGCACCCCCUACUGGGGACCUGGCCCACAACCCAGACAUGUGCCCUGACUGGGAAUCGAACUGGCAACCCUUUGGUUUGCAGCUCAUGCUCAACCCACUGAGCCACAUCAGACAGAGCCUACAACAUUGUAUUUUUUGAUGGCAGCAAACAACUAUUGAUUUUACUGUAUUCUCCUCGGGAAGCAAGCCAAAAAAAUUCCUUUAUGUAACACAAUUCUCCUAUUUCCAUGUUUGUAGUUUUUAAUCUGUUACCUACCUGGUAACAACAACAUGAGCCAACUUUUUUGGUCAUGUUUUCCAUUUUUGAAAUAUGGAUUUGUUAACCAUAUUCCAAUAUAUUGCUUUUCAUAAAAUCAGUUAACCUCAGUGUAAUUGUUGGCUUUGAUUCUUCCAUUUCACACUUGGAAUACACAUUCAGAGAAAGCUUCUUAUACUUUCUUAGGACCACACCAGAGCAUAAUCUGGGAAAACUUUUCAUGUCUUUUAGAUGAAAAAGAAGCCUUUACCUUGCUGCUUUUAAUAAUAAAGACUAUGGAAAUAGGCAGAAAUCUCUCUCAUACAUGUCUACAUAUACAUAUACACAUAUCCAUAUACAAAUACACAUUACUGACAGUUUUAUGUAUUAUAUAACAUUUGAUUGCCACUUCUUAUUUAUAAAAGGAUGACACAGCAGAACCCCAUAAAAACAGCUUUCUACUCUACAUCAGAUCAUGUGCCCAGAAAGGCAAUUGCAACAGUCAGUCUUGAUCUAUUGCUAAUAGUCUAUAACACAAGUCUUCGUUCUGUCCCUAACCACUAGUAUAAAGAGGUUCCACCAGAUUUCAUUAAAGAGACCUUCCUAUGAUUGUCUGUUCUUAAGAGGCAAGACUAACAAGCAAUGGCUUUACCAAACAAUUGGUUUUUCUUCUGGGUUUGUUUGCUUGUUUGUUAGUGUAGGUGAGAUCAGUUUUGUAAGACACUCAGAAAAUUUUUAAAAUAAUCCCAGAGCCCGGUUUCAUACCAAGGAGACAUUGUAGAUGGGGGAGGAGAAGGAGAUCUUCGUGUUUAAACAGACCCUCAGAACUUAGAGCAAUAACCACAUUCAUUCAUUCACUCAUUCUUUCUUUCUUUUUAUAAAUGAAUGACAGAAUAGUCAAUCCAAAUAGGAACAUUUUUUUCAGCAGUGAAACAUGAAAUGGAGUCUUGUGUUAAGAGAGUAAAUAUGAAUAUUUUAAAUGGAUGUCUAGAGAAUCCGUGUUUGCUGUUUACAUUUAGUAUGUUUACCAUGUUAGCAGUAUCAUACUCCUUCUAUUUUUCUUCUAAGAACUAAUGAAAGAUAGCUUGGCCUCAGCUUAGACAUGCUGCACAUGCAAUUAUGCUGUUCUCUAAGAGCAACCAAAUCCCAGUGUUCCUGUGUGAUUCCUUUCUCAUUCAUUAUUACUUCAACGUGGAGGAAUACUAUUUGUUGAAACGGUCAUCACUGAACAAAUUGUAUAUAUAAAUGCAGAUAAUUCUUGAGCAUAUAGUGAAUAUAAUUUCACACACACAAAAAAAAUCUGUAUGUACUGUACACACCUUUCUGAAUCCAAAAUUCUCUUCUUACCACAAUGGUUUAAAAUCUCACGUAAAACAGUGGUAAAUUUUAAACAUUAGGACAUUAGCUGGCUGCUUCUUUAAAUGUACCUGUAUUGUCUGCCUGCUCCUUUUGUGGAGAUGUGUUUUUGUAUUGGAUGUUUGGGCCAAUGGGAGGCUUCAAGCUACAACAUAUUUUCCCAGUUUAAAUAUAUUUAACAUAUGACAAACCCCAGACAAGGCUUUUAAUAUGUAUAAAGAACUGCAGUGUUAGGUGGUUUAUUUGCAAACCGUUUUCAAUGUUGUCCAUUUUUAUGGCACCUUUAACAAUAUUCUUGUUUCCAAAGUACAAAAAAAAAUAGGUUAAAUAUCUAGCCAUAACUGAAUGUCAAGCAAUAAAACAAAUGACUUUUGUGUAUAGACUUAAAAAAAUACAAAUUUUAGACAUCUGCAUGUAAAUGCAAUCUCUUGUUUACUGCUUUCUUCAACUUGAGCAAUUGAUUCCUUAUUUACUAUUAACUUAAGAACUUGUAAUGGCCUGUAAACAUUUUCUCUCUUACUCUUCUUUCAAAUUUACCUUCAUCCCUGCUUUUGAGUCAUAAUAUUUAAUGUUGUUCUGCACAUCUCUAUACAGUUAACUUUUUGGCUCUCAUUCUGUAUAGAUAAGAAGAUGUUAUAUUAUAAACAGCCUACUCAGUGCAAAUAUUUAUCUGUUUAUCAAAUCCACAAUAUGCUGUAUAAUACUGGUUUUACUAUAUAAUCUAUUUUAGACAUAGCUGUUUAGAACUAGAGUGUGCUAUUUUUGUGUUUUUCUGAUGUGUGGUGCUAGAUAAGUUACUUUUGUGAACAAAAAGAAAAAACCCUUUUAUUCCUAGACAAUACCACCUUGGGUCUUGUUAAUUUCACUGAGUAUAACUAUAUAUUUGUAUAUAUAUACAUAUAUAUAUAUCUCUACCUGUGCCCAACUGGCAGCUGUAUCAGAGUGCUGGAUUUGGGACAUGCUUUUCUCUUUAAAUACAUAAUAUCAUUAUAUAAAUUAUUCUAGAGUGUAUUUAAUUAGGAUAAAAUUACUUCCUUAGUAUGGAUAUUUGACAUCUAUAGGGUGAAUUUGUUUAUAAAUAUGGAUAUAUGAAAACUUAUUAGCAAUUAUUUUAUGUUUGCUACUUGGCUUUAUACCAUAUCUCCUGAGCUGAAAAAUAAUUUGCCAGGCCUUCAAGAUCCUAAAGAAAUACUCUAGUUUAAUGGAGUAAUACUUCUUUUUUCUUACUAAGGAAUUAUAUUAUUGACAUCUGACAGGGUUGUGUACUUAGCUCCUAUUGUAGAUAAUAGGAAUUUAUAUAAAAUAUCUUUGGUGGCUUGAUGGCCACCUUUUCCCUCCUACCUGAGCCGUGGGAAGUCUGAAGACAUCCACUGUCGUGGCAGAACAUGGGCCAUAAAGCAGAUUUGACGAGGGAUGUUCUGCGCUAGUAUGACCUCAACCAGUUCCAUGAACUGCACGUGAAGGACCUUCAUUUUAAAAGUCAUUUAUAAUGAGCUUAGUUAAACUCCUUCACCUAUUCUCCCAAGACCUAUUGGCACUGUUAAAAAUCCAAGUAUAUCAAAUAUCUAACUAAGGAUGUAGUUAACCUUAUUAAAUAUUGAUUAGAAUUGUUCUGUAAUAUUACUGAAUUUGUAAGAUCUUUAGCAAAGAUUUUUGAGCAAUUUAUAAAUAUAGAGCAAAUGUUUCUGUUUACUGCACUUUUUGUAAUUGAAGGUGAUAAAUUCUCAAGCCAGGGUUAUUGGCUUCCGUGCACUGCGUAUUUACCCACAAUUUAGACAUUUUCCAUUUUUAUGGAAGAGUUGCUAUUACCUUAAUUAUAAAUGUAAUCAUGUGGUUAAUGAAAGCUAAUGCUAAUAGUUAACCUUUUAAAGUGAAUUGGCUACAGUUUAGGGGGAAAUCUCUUUUAACACAAAUCAUGUCAUUCCUUAUUGCUUUGCUUAGAAAGAGAGGGGAAACUUUUUUUUAAGCACCAUUCAGUAUCCUAAGCUUCCUGAAGAUAGAGAUUGUAUUUCUUUGUGUCUGUACAGUGGCCAGCACAUCAGCAUUUGAUAAUUGUUAAAGGACAACAUGUGCCCCAAAUUCAAACUCUUUUUCUGGGUUGUUACGGUAAAUUUAUAAAGUAUGUCAAGCCUUAUGGUUCACACUGUCUUCUACAACCAAGUACUAAAAUACACAUUUAAAAAGACCACGUGAAAUGCUGAUUCUAAUUGUGUGUAGGUCUUGAGGAUUAAGCACACAAAUGUCACAAAACUCUGUGAGUAACAAACUCAGCCUUCUGUAAAUAUACAUGCGAGUUUGGAAACAGUAAUACUGUACCUAUAAAUAUAUCUGUCUGUUCUGUGUACAGUAUGUAAAAACUCCUUUUCUGCCACACUAAAAAUGCAAGCCAUUUAUGGGUAUCCUAAAAAUAGUAUUGUACUAAAACUUUGCUAAUGAUCUUUAUUGGAGGAUCAUCCAACUUUUCACAUCAUUGGGUUUUCUUUUCAAUUCACUCUUACAGUAGUCUGCUUAUUUCCAGCUGUUUGUUAUUUUAUUGUGUCCUGAAUUUAAAAAAAAUAUUUUGAUUCAUUUUGUAAAUACAAGCUGUAAAAAAAGAGAGAUUUAAUGUUGUCUUUUAAAUACUCCGAUUUUCAUUCUAAUAUGAAUGUUGUUAUAUUGUACUUAGAAACUGUACCUUUAAUAUUACAUUACCUUUAUUAAAAGUGCAUUGAACACAUCAAUUUUAGAUGUGCUUUAUGUACUGUUAUCCUAUAAUAAAACUUCAGCUUCUAAUGGAA